CCAAUCACAUCUUGCGUUACGUACUCGUCUCGUGUCAGGAUGUAGUCAUCAUAUUGUGUAUUAUUAUUAAAGUAAUAAGGAAGGGGAACUUUUAGCUGAUCUCAGAUCUGUUACAAACCGGCUCAUGCGAAUUUGCCUACUCUUACGUAAAACGAAACAGCCACAUCACUUCCGUCAACACCCGGAGGCAACACGGACUCCUUCACUUGCGGUUAAGUGAAAUUAGUAGAUGCAAGCUCCAAAGGGUGAAACGUGCCAAGUAGACAUUAUGGAGAGUAAAGCUGGAGAUGUUUUUGGUGCUGAGGAUGCCCAUCCAACCGGCACGGGUGGUUCAGCUGGUAUCCUUGCCAGGUUGGGUCUCCCGAAAGGCAUUUCAGUCAGCGUGGCCAAAGAGUGGCUGGACCGGCGACGCGUGUCCAUCCGUCCGUGGGCCACAUUCAUCGACCAGCGCAAGUUUUCCAAACCGCGCAACUUUGGAGAAAUGUGUCAGCGAGUAGUGAAGAAUGUGGACACGUACAACAGCAACUACACCUUUAUUUUUCUCGGGCUCAUCCUGUAUUGCAUAGUCAGCUCUCCAAUGUUACUCAUAGCUUUGGCUAUCUUCGUCGGCGCCUUCUAUAUCAUCCACCUUAAAUCGCUGGAGUCCAAAAUAAUGAUUCUUGGCAAGGAGAUGACCUACCCACACCAGAUGGGUCUGGCUGGAGCCAUCUCCUUACCAGUCUUCUGGAUAGCUGGAGCUGGAGCAGCAGUCUUUUGGGUUCUGGGAGCCACCUUGUUCGUAAUCGGAACUCACGCCGCAUUUCGAGAGCUGGAAAACCCCGACAUGGAGGAGCUUCUGAUGGAGCCCGUGUGAUGACGACACGACCUUGGUUACAAUAUGUUGCUGUUACGCAUAUAUGAGCUAAAUAAUCAGCCUAUGGUGUAUUGAAGCACAUUGUCAUGGAUUGCCAAAUUCAAUUCGUUUUACACAUGUAUAUUUUAUGUUAUCUUAUUAUAGCGAGGCAAUUGUUAACGCAACAAAGGUGCAAUUCAAAACCUUUGGACAUAUUGGAUUCUACGUUAUUGAGUUCGCCUUUGGGUGUUAUGAAUAAAAUUCAGUUGACCCGAUAUCAAAAAAGAUUAUGGAUGUUUCAUUAUUUUAAUGAAUUUAGAGACGCUUUCAUCCUAACGUUACGGUCUGAGAAUUACUUUUCCAGGGAGUCUGCCACAUGGGGGCGCUGUAAUUAAUUAAAAAAGGUUGAGAAUCUGAGACAAUUUUUUACAUGUUCACCUUUAAACAUCAUGGCUAUGAACGUACAUUUGGUGUAAAAUGUGAUGAAAAACAUGCUUAUAAUUGUAUACAUAGUUAUAGUUGUUAAAAUUAUUUUGAGCAAGAGCAACUUGUAGGUAUACAAAAUAUCUUGUCUGCAUUUGUACCUUUUGCAGUAAAUUUACCUCACAACUACAAGUUGCGUUUGCAUUAAAUUCAUCGUUAUAAUUAUGAGUUAGUUUUGUUGCAGGUUUAUUUUCUACAAGUUUUGUACCCAGUGAACCUCUUCAAUGAAAAGUUUGUGUAGUUUUGUUACAUAUUUCUUUUCGACAAGAAUGUUACCUAUGCACAAAAUUUAGCUCUUCGCUUACAUGUUAGUUUCAUCCCAAGUACAAAUUUAUUUUCCACAAGUUAGUUUUAUACCAAAAUUCUAUCUUUGUUUAGUUUUGGUACAAUUAUGUAGAAAUUCCUUUUCUGCAAGUGCGUUAUCUUUAGUUUAAACCAAAUUUAACACAAGUACAUAUUAGUUCUAUCAAAAGUUUCCUUUCUACAUGUUACUUUUGUACCAAAUUAAUCUCUUCUCUUAUAUUUGUUUUGUUGGAGUCUUUUCCAUUCAUCCAUCCAUUACCUACCGCUUAAUCCGGGUGUCGGGUCGCGGGGGCAGCAGCUUCAGCAGGGAAGCCCAGACAUGCUCUAUUUUCUAGGAGUAGAAAUUAUUUUUGUUCCAAAUGUACCACUUCAAUUACAAGUUUCUUCAAUUGCACGUUAAGUUUACCUCUUCAAUUACACAUCAGUUUCAUUAAAAGUUUCUUUUUCCCCAUAUACAAUCAUUGGCGCGGGAAGUGGGGUGCUGCUGCACUCCCUGGUGUUGGGGGGGGGGGUUUAAAACUAGUUAAAUUCCCAUGUUUUCAUCUGCUUUAAAUAAGUGAAAUUAUCUGCCAGUGCUUCAAGUAAACUUUACUCACAUUUCUGGAAAUAAAGAUAAUCAACAGACUCAUUUUAAGCAAUAAAUUAGUAUACUUAAUCUUAAAACAGCUCUGAAAUGUCGAAAUGUUGUUAAUUUAAAAAUAGGUAUUGUUCAAACCAUUAUUUGAAAGCAUAUUUUCCUUGAUUUAGGUGAAAAAUUACCAACUUUCAGAUCUACGGGCUUAAUAGGAAAUGGUAAUAAUUACUUAAAGUAAAUCAAAUAAUCUGACACAUUAAACAAAACAAGAUGGAGAACAUUAUUUGACUGGAUUUAAGAAAAAUAAUCUGAUUAAGACAUUAUAAAUCUGCAGUGUACAUGUUGAAUUUUUUUUUUGGUUCAUAAAAGGUUUACCACCGGACACCUUGCUUGCUACCGGGUCAUGUUGAACAGUGAACUGUUGACAGAGGAGGCGUUAACAUGGCGCAAAAACAAAUUAGCGAGUUUUUUUCUUUACAAAAGCAGCGAAAUUUUCUAAAAUUCGAGUUCGAAAAUGAAGAUUAUAAUGAUAGUUCUAUCGACUUUUCGUGUCUUCAAAUAAGUAAGACAUGCUUUCAUUGUAGCCUAAUUAUUGUUUGUCAUUGCUGUUAAGCUGACGCUGUGCAGACCACUGUUGGAUAUUUGUGUGCAAUCUAUUUUAAUGUUGUGAAAAGGGGGUGUUAAACUGAGGCUUAUUGGACCUUUUAAGUAUUCAAAUGCGUGUCAUUGCGCUGUUUAGCUGCACUGAUUUGCAUUAUAAUAAACGGGCGCUUUUACUUCCAAUACAAAAACUUCAACACACACUGUAGGUGAAAUAGAAUGCUGUCUUUGUAGUAGCCUAGUAGUAGUACAUCAACAAUCCAGCAUGCACGUGUACUGCCAUUGUGCACGUCUUGUAUGGAGAAAACGCGCGAGCAUGCAAAAUUUUUACCGAAACGGCUGUUUUUGAAUAGGAAACAUUAAAAAAGAGCUUCAGCAACCCCUCCUGAGUUAUUUUAUACCAAAUUUACCUCAAUUACAUGUUAAAUCAGUUUUGUUACAAGUUUCUUUUCGACAAGUUACCUUUGUAUUAAAUUUUCCUCUACAAUUACAAGUUUUCUUACAAGUACGCAUUACCGUCGUAGCUCUUCAAUUACAUGUUGGUUUUACCUCGUCACUUUUGCACCAAAUUUACCUGCAUACAUGGCUGGCAGGUGAUUUUGAUCCCCAUCGUUUUAGAAUUUUAGCAAAAAUAUUCAAGCAUCUGAUAUUUUGGGUGGGGGAGGCAAUAUAAUGUGUUUUGAGGCAAAAAUUGUGUCUCUUCCAUCUCUACUUUUCUCAUUUUCUCCUUGUUUGAUGUGAGAAAGCAACAUUUCUUCCAUCUCUAGCUCUUGACUCAUCUAUCACCUGUUAUGACCCGUGUUCCAGAGGAACCCUUCACUCAGGUUACCAUGGUGAUGACCUUGAAGCACCCCCAUCCCAUGUCUCUUAUUCACUGCAGCAAAGGCGAGCGAUCGAUAUUCUAUUAAAUUGGAGUGUGGUUGAAGGUGUGUGUGUGUGUUUGGGGCUAGUCGCACUGCAGUGAGGGGAGGGGGGCUGAAAUGUGGUUCAGAUUUUGUUUUCAUUUUGAAAAUGGAUGAAAAUCAAAAGCUAAUAUUUGCCUGACAUUUUCAUCCCGCUAUCACUCGACAAGGGGAAGAUUUUUUUUUUUUUUUUUUAAAUGAGUGUUUUGAGUGACAAGCGUCUGGAUAGUUAAGACUCCCAUGUUUUCAAACUUGUGCCACUAACUGUACACCACUUUACUAUUAACCCGUUGGCUACCAUUGAUAGCGCUAUACAUCGAAUCCACUUUGACUGGGAGAUGCUGACAGCGAAUGAUCAUUGCCAACCCUCCCAUUCAAAGUGGAUCGGACGUCUAGCACAGUCAAUGGCCAUGAAACGUGAGCGUUCACAGCCAGUCCUUCAAUUUUAAAGAAAUCGGACAUCUAUCAUUGUCUAUCUCUUCCAAUGAGUUUAAGAAAAUACAUAACUAAUUGAUUUGAUAUUCUUUAAACUGGGCUCAUAUAGAAAAAUAGAUCAUCAAUAUUCACAAAAAAAAAUUCUAUUCCCCUAACAAAAGUGAAAUUAUACUUUAUAUAGAAAUGCGCAAUCAAUAACAAACGUGCUAUAAUAAAUUCUAUUCCUCUAAAGUAAAAUUAUACUUUAUAUAGAAAUGUGCAAUCAAUAACGAACGUGCUAUAAAUUGUUACUUAUUAUAAUGGCAAUGAUCAUCACUUUAACAUCAAUGAAAGCAUUUAUAACUGGUUAAAUUUUUCAAGCUGUAGCAAACGGGCAGUAUUUACAGCUAAUACUGUUAUAUAUUGUAUAUAUACAGUAUAUAUUUUUAUUUCUUAUUGAAUAAUAUUGUAUAUGGUAUUUAUUAUUCAAUAAUACGACUAAUAAUGACUUUUUUGUAUUAGAUACUACAGUGAGCCCUCGUUUUUUACUGUUAAUGAGGACCAGAACACGCCGCGAUAAGUGAAAAACCGCGGAGGAGCGCUCCCCGCCGCACCGCAUAAAAUAGUGUGUGUUCAAUGUAUGUAUUCAGAUUUAGCAUUGGAAAGAGAUACAUAUAAGACAUGUUUAAUUUUUUAAAAAAUAAUAAAAAAUGCAAGCACUUCAAAUGUCAUAAUUAUGAUUAUGUUUUGAACAUGUUAAUGUCCCACCGAAUCCUUUUUAAACAAGAAUAAAGUAGGAAAAUGCUUAUCUUUAUUAAAUGCUUCAUUGAGUGAGUCCACUCAAAUCAGCUCAAGCUCCUCACUUAUACAGAUUGAGUUGCCACAUGCCGCAUGCGACGGUUUGUAGUUUCGGUUUCCAAGCAUCUCUGGCAAGAUCAAACCUUAACGUCUGUCAAUCAUCAUUAACUUUAAUAAGCAACUCCGGUGCACUGCCAGACCAAGAAAAGGAGCAGGAAGAAGAGUGAGAAUACGUGAUUGGAUCGGGACAGCUCAUCUGUAUUUAUUAUUUUUAGAGGUGCACGAUAAUUAUCGGUCCAAUAAUACGAAUUAUGACACAAUCUCUAUAAAUCCAAUAACAUUAUUAAUAGGCCCAAUGAUAUAUUGUAUCAUGUUUUUGGCACAGUUUUGUUAGAUUGGGAUGUGUGCGUUUGUUUCCACUCCUGUUUUGCCAGUAUGCAAAGUUUUGUUACUGUUCUAGAGGCCGGAUUUUUUUCAUCACUUACUAUGGGAAUUAGCAAAUGUUUGCAUUUUACAGUGUUAUGUUUUCCAAUUGUUGAGAGGCCUUUUGGUUAUGGACAGGCUUGCUGUCCUAUAACAGCCUUGUUAAGAAAGUUGUUUAAUGGGCCAAGACGACAAAAAUCUCUCCUGUUGCACAAAAACUUUUAUCUGCUGACAAAGCACAAUACCUGUUGGGUUAAUGUUUGUUUUAGUUCAGUGCUCAUUGCUCAGGGGAACACAUCAUCAAUGACAUUGACUGAUUGUGAUUGACUCAAAUUAUAUUUAUUUGAAAAACUAAAUAUUAGGGCUGUCAAAAUUAUCGCGUUAACGGGCGGUAAUUAAUUUUUAAAAUUAAUCACGUUAAAAUAUUUGACGCAAUUAACACACAUGCCCCGCUCAAACAGAUUAAAAUGACAGCAGUGUAGUGUCCGCUUGUUACUUGUUUUUUGGUGUUUGGCGCCCUCUGCUGGCGCUUGGGUCCAAAUGAUUUUAUAGGUUUGGGGAGUGAGCAUGGUGUAAUUAUUGACAUCAACAAUGGCGAGCUACUAGUUUAUUUUUUGAUUGAAAAUUUUACAAAUUUUAAUAAAACUAAAACAUUAAGAGGGGUUUUAAUAUAAAAUUUCUAGAACUUGUACUAACAUUUAUCUUUUAAGAACUAAGUCUUUCUAUCCAUGGAUCGCUUUAAGAGAAUGUUAAUAAUGUUAAUGCCAUCUUGUUGAUUUAUUGUUAUAAUAAACAAAUACAGUACUUAUGUACCUUAUGUUGAAUGUAUAUAUCCGUCUUGUGUCUUAUCUUUCCAUUCCAACAAUUUACAGAAAAAUAUGGCAUAUUUUAUAGAUGGUUUGAAUUGCGAUUAAUUAAUUUUAGAGCUGUAAUUAACUCGAUUAAAAAUUUUAAUCGUUUGACAGCCCUACUAAAUAUUUGAAGUGAAAACUGUUCUCGUCUUUGUUUUGCUCAUUAUAAUAAUGUUCAUGUCAUCAUGAAAAUUCUGUUAAGGUCAAAGGCAAAUCUAUGCUGAAUCCACCACUAUUAUUUUUCAAAAACACAGGUGAAUAUACAUUAUACAUUUAAAAAUAUAUAUUUAUUAUCGGUUAUUGUAUCGGAAUUGGCUUUGAGGAGCAGGAAGUUAUCGAUAUCUGUAUCAGUUUCAAAAAAUGGAUAUCGUUCACCCCUACUUACAGUAUUUUUCAAUUGGGGAAAAAGAUCUGCAAUGGACUGAUGGCGCAAAGUUUGAAGUAGCAAGGGAUCCCUGUAUAGUCCUUUUAAAUUAGGUAAAAUUUCUUGUAAAGCUAAUCAUUAGUGAGAUGGCUACUUUGAUUGUCUUCUCUAAUGACAUCAUGUCACAUCAUUUUGAGCGAGUCCAUUUUCUGAAAACGACCCAAGAAGGAGGCGCAGUCAAAAUGAGGUUGUAUUAAAUGUUUCUACGUUUUAUUGGUGUUGUGUUCAUUGAUUUGACACACGUUCGUAAUAGUACUUUGUUUUGUAUUCUUUUCAAUCCCUCUUGAACAUCAACCUUGAAGCAGCCAGCCUGAGACGCAUACACGCACACACACUUGGACCAGGGCGUCAUCCUCAUCUUCACACACCUACAUGAGCGGCGUCCAUUUUGAAACAGAACGGGCCAAAGGAAACGCAAAAAAUGGGUUGUUUUCUCAUUGUUUUUUUUUUUUCCUUUCUUUUUUUUUUUUUUUCAACAUUUCCUCUUUUAUUGUAUGGGUGUCAUUUUUAAAUUCAGUAUAGAAUUAUAUAGAUUUCCUAGAGCACACAGAAGAUUUGUUAAUGGAAGGGGUCGGGGCAGUCAUAGUAACAAGAACAAUGCUCUCACACAGUGUACACAAACGAGACAAAAACAGGGGAGGGGGGACCAGAGGGGGGUGCGGGAUGCCUUGGUGUGCCCCCCACCCCUCUGUUUAAAAAAACAAACAAAAUAAAAAUCAGUGAAUCAGUCCCCCUACCUGACACAUUUAAGAAAAUAAACACAACAACAACACUGUGGCGCAGGUGGUAGUCAGUCUGUGUGAUGGCUAUUUGUGUGUGCAAGGGCUGGGAUUUGAGGGUGGGAGAUGGGGGGGGGGGGGGGGGGGAUUGGUGGGACGCGAGGGUGGCCCUUUUUCAGCCGAGUCGGCUCCUUGGAAUCUACAUAACAUAAUAUGCAGCUGCCGUUUGGUAGAUAUUAUUAAUAUUAUUAUAUUGGUUUAUGUACACAGCAGUGAAAGAACACAUGCAAAGACUAUCAUAUGGGAGGGGGUGGACAGGUUGAGGAAGGGGCAGAGUGGAUGUAGAAAGUCGUAAAGGUGCUUUUGCUGUUUUGAAUCUUUGGGGCAGUUGGGAUGAAAAUUGCUUCGAAGCGUUUCGUUUUUUUGUCUGGAAAGGAAGAAGAGGGGAAAGAGGAGAGUAGGUGGAACAAGAUGAGGGAGGCAGGAAGGAGGGAGGGAGGGAAGAAGGGUCGGGGCAGAGGGUGAUGAGCAACAAGAUGCUCCGACGAUCAAUAAUAGGUCUCCUUCUCCACCCAACCUGCACGAGAAGAAAAAGGUUUUGUUGUUAGUUUGACAGCAACAUGAACGUUUAUAAUCACGUUUUUAGAAAAUUGGCUAAAAAAAUUUAUGUAACACUAACAGUAAAAUAAUUAUAUUGAUAAAAAAAAAAAAAUGAGACUGACACUAACAUAAAAUCAUCACAAAUAGUUAUUAAAUUAUUUACAAACUGAAAUAGAAAUAUAAUUUAAAAAAUAUGUAAUUAUGAAUACAAAAAAUAAUAACACAUUUUAAAAAUGACAUGCAAACACGAAAAUAUCAAAAGGAUUAAAACCUCAAGAAAAAAGAUUAAAAAGAAAAA